AUAAUUUUAACCAUAACAGCACACAGCGCAACCCACUAUCCUCCAUACCACUUCCUCCAUCAGCGGCUCAUCAGUUGGCAGAACGCUGAUUACCUGAGUCCAAAACCAAUCGCGCUAAGCAGAACAACAAACAUUCGGCACAGUUAGCGCUGUCGAACAAGAUCAGCGACAAGCAAAAGCCGCGCGAUCGCUUCCAUCUCGUUCACCGGCUGCACCGCCAUCGCCGUGGCGGCUAAAUUCAUACUCGAUCGAUCGGUAGUUCCGUACAAGUGCACAUUCCGCGGGAAGGUCAAUCGAAUUGUUAUCGAUUGCUACGCGCGUAGAAUGCGUGGGCACGAGCCUGGGAGCCCCGUGUGCUUUGGCCGAUAACGCGUCCGACCCGUGGAUGUUACUUUGAUCGUGAUCGUGGUGUUUUUUGGCGCACUCUUGUGUACAUAAUAUAUUCGCAACGGACGGUGAUCUUCACAAAAAUCUUUUUGGGGCCGCCGCCGCAGUCCUGCGACCGGUCACUUUUCUUCCUUCUCUAGUCUGAUACCGUUGCCGAUCGUACAAUCGCGCAAUGAGAAUAAUUGAUUGCUCCAACAAGAGUGCACAAAAGUUGAUGAACAAACAGGAGACCAAAUUCAACUUGCCAGUGAGGAUAUUAUUGUUGCGCUCGAGAUUCAGUGAUAUUCGAUCAGUGGGGCGGAAAGCAGUGCCCGAACAUCGGGAAUACCGAGAACCUACCGGAAGAAGACCACAAGUGAUAGUUCUAUUAACCCAGUAAGAGUGAAACUAGGAAAAACGAUUUGCCACACAUGGAAGCCAAAUACACCAGCAAUCCCGAACUAUACGAUCACGUGAGCGUUCCGUUGAAGCGCGCGCUCAGCAGGGAGACCUCCGACCCGCGAAAUCCGGAGCUAAGUGAUGCCUUCUCCAACUAUCGGGAGCUGAACAAGGGCAAAAAUAAGCAAUACGAUGCGAGCAAAUACAAAGAUUUCCACGAGUUGCAGGCCGAGUUUAAGGAACUGCGCGUUAAAACCAAAAAGAAAAAGGAUCCCAAAAUGCGUAAAGAUCAGCGGAACAAGAAGCGGAAAAAGCCGAAGUUGAAUUUUGAGGGCGAGAAGUUCGCAGAUCCAGACCCGUAUCAGCUGGCGGUGAGGAAAACGCAAUACGGCAAACCGAACAGGAAGUUUGUCUUCGAGGGGGAGAAAUUUGCGGAUCCCGAUCCGUUCGGUUUGGCCAUCAGGAAGCAGAGUCCGGACAGUGAUCAGAGUGGGCAUGAUGUGAAGCAGGAGUUCAUGAAACAGCUUCAUCACGCCCACCCUGGAUUGGUGCAUGGGAGCACGGAGUAUUACAACAAAGAUUCAUACAUAGCUGACCUGGGGGGUUGCAAUGAUGAUGAAGAUGAUGACGAAGAGGAAGAUGAAAGUUUUGAACAGCAGGAUAAGUGUUUCAAUCGAGCCGGGCUGGCCCAGUUGACGGCGGUUAGUGUGAAAAACAUUCUUCUGCUGGGGUAUGGGAUGACACUGGGCUUCCCAACCAUCGUGAUACCGGCGAUUCAAGGCGGCGAAGGACGAGGUCCAAGCAUCGAAAAAGAUUUCACACUUAGCAAAGAGGAAAUAUCCUGGCUCAGCUCGAUCAAUCUGAUUUGUGUCCCGCUGGGAUGUUUGCUUUCCGGGGCGUUGGCCCAACCAAUUGGGAGACGAAGAGCGAUGCAGAUUGUUAACAUUCCCAUGUUGAUAUCAUGGCUCCUGUUCCACUUUGCCGCCGAUGUGCACUUCCUGUAUUGUGGACUCGCCUUGGCUGGAUUCAGUGGUGGUCUCAGCGAAGCCCCCGUCCUCACAUACGUGGCGGAGAUAACCCAACCACGCUUCCGGGGAAUGCUUGCAACGACCGGCUCCACUUGCGUCAUUAUUGGCGUACUGAUCCAAUUCCUACUGGGCAGUUUCCUGCGCUGGAGAACUGUCGCAUUGUGUAGUGCUUGCAUUCCAGUUAUAUCGUUCCUGUUGUUGUUUCUCAUCCCGGAAAGUCCCGUCUGGCUGGCUGGAACAGGUAAACACACACAGGCUCGGCAAGCACUGGCAUGGCUUCGUGGUUGGGUUACCGAGAAAGAGGUUGAGAACGAGUUCUACGAGAUGCAAAGGUACAUGCAGAAAACUGCGGAACGUGAGAAAAAUUACUCGGACAUCGAACGGGUGAAAUUGUACGCAUCGCGAUCGUUCCUGCAACCGUUCGCCAUUAUCGCACUUUGUUUCUUUGUCGGUCAUUUCUCCGGAAUGACAACGCUUCAAACAUACGCCGUACAGAUUUUCCAUACCCUGAAGGCUCCGAUCGAUAAGUAUUAUGCAACCGUUCUGCUGGGUGUUGCCGAGUUAAUUGGUACCUUGUUCUGCGUUUGCCUCGUCCACUACAGCGGAAAACGACCACUCGUAUUUAUAUCGACAGUCGGAUGUGCGGUUUGUUUUUUCUCCGUCGCGAGCUACUCCUUCUUCUUACAGUCCAUUCCUGGAUCCUCAGUUAACAAUGUUGUGGCCAACGUUUCCGCUAUCAAAACAGAUAUCCGCGUGAUACCUCUGAAUCACACCGAUACAAUAAUUGUUAUGCCAGAAGAACAAUUCGCAGCCCUCGCGGACAAUCGAACCGUUGCCAUGAAUUAUACACCGACCGCAGAAUACAACUUCACCUCCGAGUGGGUUUACGACGAUCAAAAUUUCAAUCCUUAUUAUUUGAAUGGAACCUACGAUGAUGCACGGAACGGUACCAUCCGAUACGGCGAAUACGCCAAAUCUGCAAUCCCUAGAGAUGUAUUGGUUAGAAUUCCAAAUGCCAACGAAAACAAAUAUUUGUGGUUACCUUUGACGCUGCUGCUUGGAAGUGCCUUCCUGACACACAUGGGAAUUCGUUUGAUUCCGUGGCUGCUAAUCGGUGAGCUGUUUGCUCCCUCGAUCCGUAGUGGUGCAUCCGGCAUAGCCGGUGCCACCGGCUACAUAUUCGGCUUCUUGGCAAAUAAGUUCUUCCUAAAAAUGUUAGCCACCUUGACGCUACCGGGAACAUUUUGGGUUUAUUCCACCAUCACAUUCAUUGGUGCUGCCAUCCUGUACAAAGUGCUUCCUGAAACGGAAGGGAAAAGCCUUGUUGAGAUCGAACAGUACUUUAUGUCGACACGUAAACGCAGUAUUCACGAUUACGACCUUGAAUCGUCACCUCCGAAACCUAAGCCACGGGGAUUGGCAACGACCUUCACUUCUCCGCCUCCUCUACCGCCUCGGUCACAUCCGCUAAAAGACGAUCUUGGACGUAUUCGGAAAAUAUCGCAGCAAUUCAGUGUGCACUCAAACCAUAGUUCGGAGAAAACGCCAUCUCGCAAAACAUCGAAAGAUUCUGUCGUUACUAAUGGAACGGCCAGAAAAAUUUCAACCACUUCAUCCAAGGGUUCUAUACAUUCCUAUACACUUUCAUCCUCAGCCCCCGACCCGACGACGGUGGAGUUCUACCGAAAGAUAUCCGCCAGUAAAUAUCCCACUUCUCUGUCCCCAAUAACAGCAUCUCCGGUUCACGCCAGAAAGACUAGUCCCCCUCAAUUGGAAGCAACGAUUCCGGAAGGAAACAAUAAUACAACCAUUCAAGUACCUCAACGUCAGCGGAAAGUUUCCGACAUGCAUCGCAUGAAACCACCGCACAUAACCAUUGCAGCACCACCUUCGAAACAAACCAAUUCCAAGCGCAAACGACCGUUACCGAAAGAUUUCAAUGUAAAUAGCUGGGAUAGCAAUAAGAAAUUCGAAGAAUUCCUGUCGAAACGACAAGAGACAAUGGGCCACAAACCGGAGAGUGAGACUUUGCCGCAGCACUCGAGCAGCAAUAGCGAUCUCAAGCAGAUAGAUCAGAUGGAGCAAGACGCUCGCCUUCUAACCAUCGGGAUGGGCAGACAUAGACAGAAUUCGGGAAGUUUAAACGCGUUGAACGAAAUUCUAGGUCACGAUAAUCGAGCCUUCGUUGCCAGCCGGGUGGACAUCGAUGAAACUAAAAUAUAG